AUUCAAUCGGUAACUGCAACCUCAAUAUGAAUCCUACAAUUUCCCUAAGCUGCCUGGUGGUCAUCAUCGGAAGUCUUCUAUGGACAGCCAGUGCCGACUUUGACUCGGAUAGGCAACGUGUGAUCGAGUACUUCAAAAAUGCUGAUCCUAGUUCCGUCUCGGAUAGCCAAGUCCUCUUUCUAGUUGAAUUUUUGGCCAAACACAUUAAUGAUAUUGAGUUGACAGCCGAACAACGGUCCAAAGCUGAGGAUAUAGUGAAGCAGUACAAUGAAGACAAGUCCAAACGCUUGGUGGAAGGUGCGCCGGCUCAAGGCGGUUGGAUUACAAAACUUGUAAGGGUGAUCAUUGUACAACUGGGCAUCGAGCUUGCUUCCGAGGGAGUUAAGAAAGCAACGAAAUCUUAAGACUAGAGAUAUUCUCAAGUGUUUUUGAAACAUACUUAUGUUCUAAGGACAAUGCGGUCCCAAUAAAUUAAAAUUGGCAUACAAAUGUA